UAUAAAAUUUGCUAUCAUUAUUUAUGCCUAUAAAUAAAAAUAUGUUUAAAUCCAAAGUACAAUAAACGAAAUGAAUGAAAACACGAAAGUCUGUUGUUAAAGUAUUUUUUUUUGGAUUGCAGGUGCAUGGGGGGCGAUGGGAGCUGGCACGACUGAGGGGGGGCUGCGGAGGCGAAUGCCGCUAAGACGAGCGGGAGGUGGUGUGGCUGCUGGAGCCUCAGGGAUAGGUGGCAGGGCCAUGCGAUACUACCGCCUAUGGAUUUACACUUGCAACACGGCCCUGCUAGCAGGAGCGCUGGCGUUCAGCGGAGCCGCCGCACGCACGGUCCUCUUCGACUUCCGGAGGUCGCUCAUCCCCUCGCUCACCCUCUACCAACCUUCGUUCCUUUAUGCCUACUUGGCCCUUGUGACUCAGGGGGGCGCCCUCCAACUUCUCGGCUGCGUGGCCGCUCUCAAACUCUCCGAGAAGCUACUGAACGCUUAUUGGCUGGUGCUGCUCGUGCUGCUGUUCGGCGACGUGGUGCUGGGCGCCUUCUGGGCAUUCCGGUUCGAGCGCAUCUGCCAGGAACUAAAACCCGCGCUACGGGUGCGGUUCUAUCAAGAAUACGGCACCAACAACGAGCUCACCGAGAUGUGGAACAGGCUGCAAGCCGAGAACUCGUGCUGCGGAGUCACUGGUCCCGAGGACUUCAACAGCAGCGCCGUUCAGAUACAGAUUCCGGUCAGCUGCUGCCUGAAGCCACCCCCAUCGAUGAACGGCACCUGCGAAGGGGAGCACCAACAUCAUCCGGCGGGCUGUGACGAGCGGCUGCUGGCCUACCUGCGCUCCACGGCCUCCCUCCUGGCCAUCCUGGGCUAUUGCGUUCUCGCCUUCUUGAAAAUGUGCUUCCUAGGCAUCCUGCGUUACGAGAUCCGCGAAAUGAUACAGAAGAUCCGGAUCCUGCGGACGGAGCUGGAGUUGCCGAACGCCAACGGCGCCGUUCCGGGAGCCCUUCGCGCCGAGAGUGCCGAGAGCGAGAGAGAGUCGCUGCUGGUACGGCCGGAGAGCGCGGCGCUGCUGUCCUCGCCACCCACACAGACCAAGAACCCCAACGGCAACAACAAUUACGAGAUGCGCGAGUACCGCAGCCACGACAACAUAUGACUAAAGUAUCGCCUAGAGGGUCUGUUCAACCGCGGUCGGUGGGGCCGCGUGAAGAAGGGUCCUCUGGCCACGCCACUGGAGGAUAUUUUCAAGCGCAAGCCGCGAGCCAGGGUGAGGGACGACCCGUGCUGAGAAUCGGACGAUCGGCGAUUGUCAGUGACGAUGGUGUAGCACGGUGCGCGACGCCAUCGCUGACGUCUGCCUGUAGCUCGCCAACAACAAUUUUGCAUAAACUUCUCAUUCUGUUAAGCUUAUAGCACGCAACCAUAUCGAAACGCAAAGAAGUGUAGUCACUAGUCAGUCAUCAAGUCACAUGUACGGAUUUCGCUCAGUGACGUAACAAGGAAAUUUUGUACAGUGUAAAUAUUGCCACAAUUAUUUCGAUUUAAUUACAAGUUAAAAAUGUGAUAGAUAUGUACAUGUAGCUAUAUUUAUAUUUUGUAUAUAUAUAUAAUGUGUAUAAAUAACCAAGCUGAAAUCGUAAAUGUGAUUUGGUGAUGAGAGUCCAGUCAAAUAUUUCUUAACAACUAUAACACUUAAGUGUUAAGAUACUUAAUUUCCUGUAGACGGAUGGUAAAUUAUAUUAGACUUAUUUUUUCAAGGCGACUAAGAUUUCUCGAACUAAACAUUCCAAGGCAAGUUUAAAUUUAUUUAAAAUCGUAAUGACAUAUAGCAGUAGUAUAUUUGUUUUAUGAAACAAUGGAAAAAUAUACCUAAUGCCGUCAAAAAAUACUUUUUUCCUCCAGUUACUGGUUUCAAAAGUCGUAACAUAAUUUUACACUGAAACAACGCAAAAUAUUAGGAACAAGUCACAAGUACGGGCAGUCCAGUUUUAUAUUCGCCCGUUAACCCGUAGUAUCAAAAAUGUUUAAAAGAGAACAAAGUUCAUGGGUCGAUUCUGCGUUUCUCUGCAAACUUAUAAUUUUGUAAGGUCCGGUUAACCUGUAAGUAACAUAUUUAGAGAAUCGUAAAUUAUACAAUUCUCAAACCGUCCCUGUAACGAUCCUGUGUAGUUACAGAGAUGCAAUUUUAUCGAUUUAUUACAGUUAAUCUUAACCGAAAAAAUUAAUUUGUUCAUCUACGAACAUUGUUUUUUUUUAAUAUAAAAUGAUAUCAGUUAAAUAUAAUCAUAAAAAUAUAUACUUUAUUGCUAGUGUGAUGCCCAUACGUAUACAUAUUUUGACCACAUUGACAUAUUGACCAGUUCGAAAGAGACUGACGGUAUCAAAAAUAUCCUUUCUCAGUACAUUCAAUUUGCAAAUUGCAUUCAUUCAUUCAUUUCACAUUUACAGUUAAAAUCAUCCAGCAAAUAGAAAUAGACAUAAAACGCAACGUGAAAUACAUAGAUUUGAUAGUAUACUACGUGAUUUAUCAAGUGUUUAUAUCUGUUAUAUAUGUUCCGUUAGGUUUAUAUUCCUAUUUCGUAUAUCAGUAAAUUUGCUUUUCAAAUAAAUAAAUUUGUCUAAAUUAUUUUAACUUUUGAUAACCUCACAAAAAGAUCCUGUUCCGAUGACAUUCGGUUCGGUCAUUUCUGUAAUAUACAUGUAAUACCUGUUUUAAAUUGCGAAUUUCUUCAUGAAUUAACUCAUAAAGUCCUCAUUUAUGAUGACGUGGACUCAUGAAGAAGCUGGACAAGUGUAAUACCAAA